CUUGUCGAUUGGAGUCAUCGGGAGGGGGACUUUUGUGGUGUUAUCAAAGGAAAAGAGAAGGAAAAGGACGGAUCAAAAGCUUCGUGUGCCGAAGAAUCGUCCGCAUUUUCAAACUCGGAGAGCAAUUCACAUAAAAACAUUUUGUUGGCCGAUAAAAAGGUUUUUGCUUUUUCCGAUCCGGUAUAUUCAAUUUUGUCUAAAAAUGCAUCCUCCGACCACUUACCCGGUUCCGGAUGCUCACCGGAUACGACAAAAAGCAUGGUAGAUGGAGGAAUGCCGCAUUUCGUCGCGGAGACCAUAGAGCAUACUCGGAGUAUUGGUGGCACGCACGAAGUCCCGUAUGAGGAGGAGACCGACAUUCAAGAACAACAAGGAACUCCUCAUGUUGAGCGUAGCCGUGCCGCACAUCAAAAUCGACCGGCAGAGCAAAACAUGAGGAUCGAAUCGGAAGAUACAAUGGCAACCAACCCAUAA